ACGAUAGAGCAAGAAGGGGUUUCGGUUAAUUUUUUUUCGUUAAACAGAUUUUGAAGUGAAAAUAAUAAGUUAACAAAGUUUGUUUGUCGAUCGCUUCCUGUUUCGUAUAAAAAAGGAGCAUAAAAGUAAUAAUUCUGUUCCUCUAGUUCUGCCCUUUUCGUUCUAAGCUUAUUGCAUAUUCGUGUACAAUUACUUAACACUAUUUCCAUGGUGACGGUGGAUUGAGAUUUGAGGCUUACUAUUAAAUCGUCGCAAUGUCUGCCAACGCAUUUAAACGUUUAAUGGAAGCUUCCAAGAAAAUAGGUGAAAAUAGUCCAUCAUCAAAGAGAACAAAAAAUAAUGUGGCUAAAGAAGGCAGCAGCAAAGAUACAACUAAAAAACACUAUUGGAAAAGUGGGCUUAUUCAAGCUAUUACAGAUGUUGAAAACAUUGUUGAAUCAUCCAAUACCCUAGUCAUCAUCAAGGAUAAAUAUCCAAAAGCUAAAUUUCACUAUCUAGUUAUACCCAAAGUGGUUCAAUUGAAUUCUGCAAGAGAACUGACGAGAUCACACAUCAACCUCUUGAAAGAAAUGCAAGAGAAAGCUGAAGUUUUGGUUAAGAAUUAUCAUCCAAAAACAAAAUUCAAAAUUGGGUUUCAUGCUAAACCAAGUAUGGAUCACUUGCAUCUUCAUGUUGUCAGUACAGAUUUUGUGUCAACUUUUCUGAAGACCAAAAAGCACUGGAAUUCCUUCAAUACUGAACACUUCUUGGAUCUCCCAGAGCUUAUCAGCAAGUUGGAAGAAAAGGGAAACCUUGAUUGCUACUAUCCGACUGAUAAAGAUAUUGAAUUAUACCUGAAGAAGGCGCUAAAAUGUAACCAAUGUUCCUUUGAAGCAAAGACGAUGCCAAGCCUCAAGGAGCACUUGAAUACGCACGCUCAAUCGAGCUCCAAAAUGUACGUAGAAGAAAAAUAAGCUCAAACGUCAAACAUCACCUUUUCUCCUAGAAACUUUCUGUGUUCGUACCAAUGUGAAGGGGGAAAGGUACUUGGAUAUUUCUUUAUUUCCAUUUGUAAAUUUGUUAAAACAUAAAAAAAAAAGCAUAUCGAAGAAACUGGUCAUAUUAUUAGAUGUCAUUAGUGACAUUAAGCACAUUACGGAAAAUAGAAAUGUAUGAUUGAUUAAAGCCGCAUGUAUGGCAUUAUUCUUUUUUGUUGCGUACCUUCUUACUAAUAAAAUCCGCGUCUAGGAUUCGAAAGAACAGAACAAUACUCAUUAGCACUAUGACAGCCAAACCUAGAUUUUAAAUGGAGAAAAAUGAUUAUGCAAAGUUGAUUACGAAAUUAAGUGUAAAUUGCUAAUGUAAACUUACCGAUACUGCCUGUUGUGUAAGCAAAAAAAGGUACUUGAUCCCUAUGAAUUACUAGCCAACGAGUCAUCCAACCGAGCGUGAGUAUGCGAAAUAUCAGAAAUGUUCCUAACAACAGACAUUAAAAGCAAAAUUAAUUCAAAUUCUUUUAAUAAUUUAAAAUGCUACUACCGAUAUUUAACAAGCUGUUGAAACGGUAACCGGAAUGUUGUCGCGGCACUCCCUUAAUAAUCAUAAGCUGUCGUGUGUGAAGGAAUAUCGAGUUGACCUCGACUAAUAGUGCGACAACAGCAUAUCCGAUAUACUGUCGGGUAAGCACCGACAGCCCAAAGCAGAUAAUAAC